UUUCAUAACGUACAACCAAGUGUACAACUCACGGGUCACGAAAGUAAAUUAUCAGUGCAAAAAAGCAAUAAUUUCGCUAAAUACUUAUGUGUACCUAAGACACAACAACUUUAUACAUGCAACCUAAGUAACCACCUACUAAAUUUUUAAAAUCAGACACCUGAAAUGAUGAUCCUGGAGGAUCGACUGAUCACCCAAAUGAUUAUACCCGUCUCUAAUAAUACGUUUUUUAAUACGAAAUGGGAAUCUAAUAGGGAACAACUAUGCGCUUAUGACAUGCUCUACCACCCUCCAGAUUACAAUCCUAAGUCCGCUAGAUCUGACCGUCAGGAACCUAAGAUUAUUCGCCAAAACAUUUGGGACCAGGAAUUCCACAAAGGCAUUGCUUCGACGACGCACUUUCAGCUUGGUCGGCCGAAGUGGAAACCCUUAGAUUUGCCAACAAAAGAAUUUGUUAGAGUCCAAGUGAAAAACGAGAAUCCCCAUAUGCGCAUUCACGGCGUUCUGGAAUGGGCUGUGCUUCUUAACGAAGGCAAACCAAGCUUAUGUGAUUGAUAAAUACCUUACCUAUGUACUUUACUUUAUAACUUAUCUCAUUUAUUACAUACACCUACUUACAUAAUAAUAUUAAGUUGGUACUUAUCUGAUGGCUUCGACUAGAGUGAUAGAUAGGUACCUACCUAACUACCUCGUUGAAUAGAAUUUCAAAAACAUUAUCAAAUUCUUUAGAACAAGUUUCUCUAAAAAUAUAUCGUGUUACGUAUCUAC